AUGAAUUACUGGUCUCCCGACUCUUCCACUAGCAAUCACGACCAGUCUGAGCGAUUACAAGCAUUCACCACUGACAAUGAAUUUUCUGACCCUUACGGGAUGAACGUCUUACCACCCUCCGAUCCAUCUGCAAUGCAACAUUCCUUGCCGCCUAGCGAAUUCUUCACCGAUAUGGCUGGCAUGGCUGGCAUGGACAACAUCAAAAGUGAGAUGCCUGAUUGGGAUAUGCGGGCUGGCAGUACACCCAAUUCAGAUGUCACACCCGAUUCCGACUUGCUGUUCACGGCAGCUUCCCGCAAAGUACGAUCAGCCAAGGGUCGGCGUAACAACUCGGCGUCGACUGAUAGCUCUGGAAUGGGUCCGUCAACCGACCUGAGCAGAGAAAAGAAUCGAAUAGCCGCAAGCAAAUGCCGAAGAAAGAAGAAGGUCGAGGAACAACAACUUGAGGAGCGUCGUCGAAUGCUCCAAGUACAACAUGCCAUACUCCAGGACUCGGCGGCACAACUCCGCAAUGAGGUGCUGCACUUGAAAAAUGAGAUCCUGAAGCACGGCACUUGCGACUAUCCUCCCAUCCAAAACUAUAUCAAGCAGGCCGCAUCACAACUUCGAUAA